AUGUCUGCAGCUUCCCCUCUUGUCCUUCGAAACCUCUUUUCAGCAAACAAAAUACUUAGAAAAAACUAUUUCGCAAACUCAAUCAAAGCCAUGGAAGCUCGACACCCCACAAGUACCAAUCUAGAUAAUUACCCAAAACCCAUUUCCGCUCCGCCGCCUCUGAUCUCGAAAGACAUUGAACUCAAAAGAGCCACUGAAGCUUCUUCAAAAUCAAGUCUCUUCAAUCUCACAAGAGACCAUGUCUUAUACGAAGACGAAUGGCUCAUGGCCGUAAACAAACCCAAAGGUGUCUACUGCGAAUCUGUUCUUUCCUCUGCUCCUAACAUCAUCGCUGAUUCAUCGAGUGAGUUCCAUCUGGCCAAUAGAUUAGACCGUGACACAAGUGGCGUAAUGCUCAUAACUAAGUCUCAUAAAGUCGCUGCUAAGCUCGUUAAAGCCUUCACAGAACACAAGGUUCGCAAAUCCUACAUUGCUCUCUCCAUCGGACCAUCACCAAAAUGGAGCAAGAUCACGAUUAAGUCAGGUCACGGACGCUCCAAACACGGAGCGUGGCGCGUUUACGCUGCCUUGGACGUUGGUAGGGUCUUACCGGGAGGAUCAUUCGUUAGAGAUAUGGAAACAACUUUUGAACUUGUCUCCGUUAACGGUGAAAAAAACCCACAACCUAGUUCUGAAUCUGAAAGUAUAAUUGUUGUUGAGGGGGAACCGGGUUUGAGUUGUGUCGGAGAUGGAGAAGUUGUUGUUGUUGUGGUAAGGGCGUUUCCGAAAAGUGGUAGGACGCAUCAGAUUAGGUUACAUUGUCAGUAUCUUGGGAUUCCAAUUAGAGGAGAUGUUAAGUAUCAUGGGAUGUAUGAGUUCAGGGGAUCAACAUUCGAUGGUCAUGACCUUCAUGCUGAGACCUUGUCUUUGGAUCAUCCGGUUACUGGUGAUCCUCUUGUUAUCCGUGCUCCUCUUCCCUCUUGGGCCGCAGGAGAUGGUUAAUGUAAAGGCAUAUGAUGGUUUAAAUUUGAAUGCUAGUGCCAAGAAUUUGAACACAUAAUUCUCUUCCACAAGCCUGAUUCUAACUUCAAUUACACUUAUGUUCCUAUGUUUGAUGAUUCUCAUCCUGAUUUUAUGUUCCUGCCCAACUGAAAUAGCCACUGAUUCAAAAUCAGGAUUCUUU